UCGGUUUCAUGUAAUCAAGUAAUGCUUUUACUUUACGUUAUUGCAUGUCGAGCCGUAACCUAGACCUUCAUUAUUGCCCUAGGUCGUCAAAAUGUUUUAUCGCCCGCAUGUAAUAUCGUGCGAAGACCAUUUUAAAAUUUGAAAUUUCAUGAUAAAAAAUGUGAAAAGGGUGCUCCUGGAAUCGAACUGGACGAUAAUAAUUUAUCAACAUUUACUCUAUUCCAAGAAUUCGGCCGACUCUUUCCGAAGAACACGCCACAAGCCGCUAGAAAGAGAAACAUUGUUAUUCUUGAUGUCACUCCAACCAGGAGCAAGGUGGGAGUAGAAAUCAAUAAAGUCGAGAAUCGUGCGUUUUGCUUUGAAAUUCCGUUCGAAAUCGACCGUAGCGCGUUUUAGCACCUGGAAAGACAGGAUGUUCCUUCAGCUCACUUCAUUGUGUUGCAUAUAAUUCGAUAUUUAAAUGCUACAAAUAUGUACAAAUUAAUAAAGUAAAAGCGACCGUCACGAAUGUAAAAAAAUACCACUUAACUAUAGCAUUGUGACGAUGUACAAAUUUAUUAUGAAAUUCGCGACUUACUUCACGAAAUCGAAAAACCCCAACACUGGCCAAUGCCAGAACCCACCGUCCACUCAAAAUAGCACACCUGAAAUACCUAUAACACCUGUAAAAACUCCGAACAUGACAGUGCCCCCGACGCCGAGCAUCAUCCGGAAAAUACUGCCACUGGCGGCCUUCUCGGUGGCCUUCGCGAUCGUCAUGACGGCCCUCAUUCUCUACAUGGACAACACAGUUCCAGCCAUGCGGCACUACCAGUUCCGAGUCAACAUGAGUCAAGACUACGAACUCCUGAGCGUCGCUCAGGAUAACCCCCUUCUUAUUACUUACAUUCGAGAAGUGCAUCUGCGUCCAGCCAUCGAACCACACCACAAGCCGCUGGAGUCGCUCGCCGCGGGCCCCCCGGAGGACACGGCCUACGUCUUGAAACUACUCAACAACAAGCGCGAUGGCGUUUUUGUGGAAUCCGGGGCCUACAACGACGGCAAAACGUCCAAGACCGAGUGGCUGGAGAAGAAGUUGGGUUGGAAGGGGCUGCUCAUCCAAUCGGACACGCGACACUACUUUAGCUUGCGGCGGCACAACAGAGUGCGGUCGCAGGCGGUCCACGCGUGCCUCAGCUCGAUGCCUUACCCCAAAGAAAUCACGUUCCACCAGGAAAACGAGGUGAAAAUUAAUAGCAUCCAAGCUAACAGUGUGAUAGAAGAUCCUGAUUGGUUUACGACGCGGAUCAAGUGUUUUCCGUUGUUUUCGCUGCUUUUGGCGAUGAACGUUACCAAUAUUGAUUAUUUAAGUUUGGAGUCGGCGGGGACUGAGCUUCAGGUGUUGGAGACGAUUCCGUUCGAAAGGGUCAAGAUUGAGGUGAUCGGGGUGCAUCUGACGGCGAGCGACGCGGAGAGAGAUACGAUAAAGAAGUUUUUGGCGACGAAAAAGUAUACUUUUAUGCAGAGUUUUAAUAGUACGUAUAUUUUUAUGAUGAAUAGGGUAAAGAUUUAAUGAGGAAGCAAUAAUCCGUAGAAGACUGAUUUGCGCAAAUUUUGGACGGUUUUGUUCAUGAUUGUUUUAAUAACGUUGUAUGUUUUUCACCAUAUCAGUUAAGCAUUAUUAAUGCAGCGUUUGUGAUAAUUGAGGCCCGUUUUUCCUUGGUCUGUUUAACUAAAUAUUUUAGUUAUAGAAGUUUUUGCAUUGAAGACAUUAACAAUUAGGAUUAGGUAUCACAAUUAAGAACUCGCAGUAAUAAUAGUGCCUUUGUAGUUUGUACAGAGAUAUUCCAGUUGUUGAGAUGCAUUCCCGUUGAACUAUGAUGUAGCAUUUUGAUGCAUUUAUUUUUAGCGUUAGCGUUAAGGUAUCGACAAUUAAGUACUUAUGCUUAACUCGAUUAUGGAAAAUCUCCAUGACAUUUUUUUUUGUACUUAUUUAUUGAAUAAAAGUUUAUAAAAGAGA